ACACGCGGUCUACAAACAAUCAGUGAACUAAGUACUUUUGUCUUGAUGUUUUUUGUUGCAGACUAUUGUAUAUUGUUGGGGUAGAGGUGUAUUGUAUGCACCCUGCACCGGUUUGAUUGACAUUAUUCCGGCAGGUAGAGCCGCGGGGGGAAGUUCAGUUAAAUCGCGUCCGUCGCGGCGAGCGCUCGCGUUGCGUGUAAUGGGAAUGCUGGAAAACCAGUCGACAGGAUGGCGGGCUUCGGAUUAAGAUUUGCGCUAUGUUGAAACAUGCUCAGCGGCCGCCGGCGGCAAACGAUGCCGAACAUCGCUACCAAAACAUGCCGCGGCGGCCGCACCAUCACAUCCCCUUGAAUGUUUCCACAUUGGAUUCAUCCAAACACUCUGUUGGAGGAACUUCAGCCAGCGUGAGCCCGGGAGCACAACCACAGAAUACAAACCCACCCGUGCCAGUGGUCGCACCCAUUCCGUUGACUUCUCCACCUAAACUGGCUAAUGGAAACGUGACUGGGUUGCCAUCAAGACAAUCCUCUAGAAGUAGAAGCAAUAGAGCUGCCACGGAGGAAGCCUUAACGUCCCUGGCGUUGUUAUGCCUAGUUAGCUUACUUCUAGCUUUGCUAGCUCUUCUAUUUCUUUUAAAAAUUUCUGCGCCUGCGACGAGCGCGCCCGAGGAAUUCGCGGUGGUGUAUGAAGUGACAUUAGCCCUAUGUGCCUUAACGUUAUCAUUGAACCUCUGCUGUUUGUUGGUUUGUGCUAUUCAGUUCCUGUUUGCGGUGAAGCUGGUGCAUUCCCCGUCCGCGCCGAAUGGCCGGUCUAACAAAUAUUUGCAGAAGUCAGCCAUCACAAGAGUCUGUGCCGUCGGAGGCUUUUUUAUUUCUAUACCCGUAUUUUUAACUGGUAUAAUACUUUACACAUUCAUCCAAUUCCACUCUACACCCGCAAUAGUCACAUCAGUAUUUAUUGGCGUGGGCAUCAUAUUCUGCGGAUGUGCUAUGGUACACAACGUGUUCGUCUGGCAGAAGGAAAAGACCAAUUUGGUGAAAGCAUUUCGUACACAAGAAAUUGCAAUGAAUACAUCAAACGGUGUGGUUAUGAAUGGACAUUUGAAUAACACUGGAGUCGGCAAUGUAAGCUUUCACAGCAUGACCGCGCCGUAUACGCAUCCAAUCACGCUUUUGCAGCAGGGCGGGCCUUAUAUUAUUAGGCCUCCAACAAGUACACCACCCGGUGAAGGUGCGGCAACUCCAGGUGUUCCAGCUGCUACCAUCGAUUUAAGCCACGAUACUCACGAACUUAGCACACUCGUCUAAACUCCACAGACUAUCAUAAUAUGGUGGUUCUAGCAUAGCCAAUCUUAAUACAACUGUCAUAUGAAUUCUGUGAAAAUAUGUGACAGUCAUAGUUUUCUUUACUAUUGUCAACGGUAAAGUUACUACGGAUUAUUAUUGUUCUAAAUUUAAAUAUUUGUACAGACCUUAGUUGAAAUGAUCUAUAGACGCGACGAAAUAUCAUGGCAAACUAAUAAGUCAAUGAAAAUAGAAGUUGACAGGCUUAAAUUUUUUAACUUUUUAACAUUUUUUACGCGGAAAAUAAAACUGAUUGACUUAAAAUUUACUUCAAAACUUUCGAUUAUUUUCUUGUAUAUUUUAAAAGUUAACACCAUUGUUGUAUUUUUGAAAUGUGUGAUUUCCAAAAAUAAUUUUAGAUCGUCUGUACAGGCUCAGGUUGAAAUGUAUGCAUUUCUAUGAAUUUUUAACAGGAAUAAGCUUAUAAAAUAUAAGUAAUCUGUUCAACUUAACCUACAUUUUUGGUCUAUGAAUUAAAUGAAAGUAAAAUUCUGAAAGUUUGUGUGGGAUCUUUGCCUCAAAUCACAGAAAUUUUAACGGCGAUCUUAUCCGACUGUUCAUAAAACGUAUUGAACGAAUUGAACACUUAACUAAAGUCCUCUUUCGUCUCUUUCUGCCAAAUUGUGUUUACGAUGUGAUGAAGGAGAAAGUUUGUAAGAGUGCUGUGGUUAAAGCACGGCAAAUGCACCAUUUGCCCGAUUCAUUUGUAAUGAUUAAAAAACCAUUUCAAGAGAAAAUAGAUCGUUAGAAUGACCGUGAUUCUUACAACCGUUACGGUUAACUGUAUUAUAUCUGUACAUAAUUAUCAAUUAAUUUAAAUUCGCCAUUUAUUUAAGUAAAUCAUUAAGAUAUUUAUAAAUAUUUGAUUUAUGAAUCAGUGCCUUUAGUAACUUGAAUAAAAAAAUAUUUAGGUAUAAAAACACAUGGGUCAUUUUACAUACUGUUAAUCUAUGGUUACAUGUUCUGCGCGAUAAAUGUUUAGCGCGGGCCUUUUCUGUUAACGCUUGUGGAAAAGUUGAGUAUGGCUGAA